UUAUAGUAUAAAGUAGGAUUGUUUGUUGAAAAUGGUGAAAAAUGGAAAUGCAUUGAUGCAAAAAUAUGAAUUGGGGAGAUUAUUAGGUCAAGGCAACUUUGGUAAGGUUUAUUAUGGAAGGGAUCUGAAAAGCGGACAGACUGUAGCCAUUAAAGUAAUUGAUAAAGAGAAGGUUCAGAAAGCUGGACUAACUGAACAGACGAAACGAGAGAUAUCUGUUAUGGCAAUGGUCAAACAUCCACAUGUUGUGCAGCUAUACGAGGUCAUGGCAACUAAGAGUAAGAUUUACUUUGUGAUCGAACAUGCCAAAGGUGGCGAGCUUUUCAACAAACUGACAAAGGGGAGGCUCAAGGAAGAUGUUGCUAGAAAGUUGUUUCAGCAACUGAUCAACGCAGUUGAAUUUUGCCACAGCCGAGAUGUUUAUCACCGUGAUCUCAAACCGGAAAAUCUCCUACUGGAUGAGAAUGGAAACCUAAAGGUCUCAGACUUUGGUUUGAGUGCAUUAGCUGAGUCUAAGCGGCAAGAUGGGUUACUCCACACAACCUGUGGUACACCAGCAUAUGUUGCUCCUGAGGUGAUUAGUAGAAAAGGAUAUGAAGGUGUCAAAGCUGACAUCUGGUCUUGUGGGGUGAUUUUAUUUGUCUUGUUGGCUGGUUAUCUUCCAUUUUAUGACUCAAAUCUUAUGAAUCUGUAUAGGAAGAUAUGCAGGGCAGAGUGCAAAUGCCCUAAUUGGUUCCCUCUAGAAGUACGUAAACUUCUCUCUAGGAUCCUCGACCCAAACCCUCAUAAAAGGAUUUCAAUAGCCAAAAUCAAGGAAAGCUCCUGGUUUAAGAAAGGAUUGGGAUCUAGACAUGUGGGAACUAAACAAGUAGUGAACCGAAAUGUUAUUGCAGAUGGUGAUGCUGUUUCCAGUUCAAAUUCGGAGAAUAGUACCUCUUCCUCCGACACCAAGUUAGAGUUGAUAAAACCUGCAAUCAUUAGUGCAUUUAAUAUCAACUGCGGGUUUGAUUUGUCUGGUUUAUUCAUAAACAAUGAUCACAAGGAGGAGCUGCGAUUCACAUCAGUGAAGCCUGCCCCAGUCAUCAUAUCCAAGCUUGUGGAAGUUGGCAGGAGUCUGAACCUUGAAAUAAAGAAGAAAGAGGGUGGAUUUCUUAGAUUAGUGGGAUUAAAUGAGAGCAGAUAUGAAACUCUGUGCAUUGGCUUGCAAAUAUUUGAAAUUUCUGAAUCCCAUUACUUCAUUGAGCUGAGUAGGUCAAGUGGUGAUGCGAUUGAUUACCAAAACAUGUUGACGCAAACUAUCAGACCAGCUCUUGAGGAAAUUGUUCUGGCUUGGCAAGGUGUGCAAUCUCAUCAAUAGUAAUUAUAGAAUCACUAAAAUGAAGCUUCUGAUAUCCAGAUGCUCGGCUGAUCAUACUUUGUAUUAGUGUUUAAACUAAUUCUGUUUGUUUG